GAUGACUCAGUGGUAUCAGCUACAGCAACUUGAUUCCAAGUUUUUGGAACAAGUUCACCAGCUAUAUGAUGACAGCUUUCCUAUGGAAAUCAGGCAGUACCUGGCACAGUGGCUGGAAAACCAGGAUUGGGAACAUGCAGCCAACAACGUAUCUUUUGCUACAGUGUUAUUCCAUGACCUGCUGUCACAGCUCGAUGAUCAGUUUAGUAGAUUCUUGAUAGAAAACAACUUCUUGCUGCAACACAACAUAAGGAAAAGCAAACGUAACCUUCAGGAUAACUUCCAAGAAGACCCAAUACACAUGGCAAUGAUCAUCUACAACUGUCUGAAAGAAGAGAGGAAAAUACUGAACAGUGCCCAGUUGUCAAAUCAGAUGGAAGUGGGGAGCAUACAGAACACUAUGAUUGGAAUGCUGGACAAACAGAAGGAGCUUGAUGCGAAAGUUAAGGCCGUAAAAAACAGUGUUAUAGACGUGGAGCAAGACAUCAAGACAUUAGAGGAUAUGCAAGAUGAAUACGACUUUAAAUGUAAAACCUUGCAGAAUAGAGAGCAUGAGUCCAAUAGUGUGUCGCAGGAGGAAUAUAAGAAAGAACAGAUGAAUCUCAAGAAGAUGUUUUUAUCGCUUGACCUUAAGAGAAAGGAAGUGGUGAACAAGAUAGUACAGCUGCUGAACACCACAGAGCACACACAGAGUGCUCUUAUUAAUGAGGAGCUGGUGGAGUGGAAACACAGGCAACAGACUGCAUGCAUUGGUGGCCCACCCAACGCCUGCCUUGACCAGCUUCAGAACUGGUUCACCGUUGUUGCUGAAAGUCUUCAGCAAGUUCGUCAGCAGCUCAAAAAGCUUGAGGAACUGGAACAGAAGUUUACCUAUGACCCUGAUCCCAUCACAAAAAAUAAACAAGUUCUGCAGGACCGAACAUACAGUCUUUUCAAACAACUCAUCCAGAGCUCCUUUGUGGUAGAGAGGCAGCCUUGCAUGCCAACACAUCCUCAGAGGCCAUUAGUUCUGAAGACAGGAGUACAGUUUACUGUAAAGCUGAGAUUGCUGGUGAAAUUGCAGGAAUUGAACUACAACUUGAAAGUGAAAGUUUUAUUUGAUAAAGAUGUAAGUGAGAAGAACUCAGUCAAAGGGUUCAGGAAAUUUAAUAUUUUGGGUACAAACACAAAAGUAAUGAACAUGGAAGAAUCUACUAAUGGAAGUCUAGCAGCAGAAUUCAGGCACUUGCAACUGAAAGAACAGAAGAAUGCAGGAAGCAGAACAAAUGAGGGUCCUCUCAUUGUAACAGAAGAACUUCACUCUCUGAGUUUUGAGACGCAGCUGUGCCAGCCUGGCUUGGUAAUAGACCUAGAGACCACAUCCCUUCCCAUUGUUGUGAUCUCAAAUGUGAGCCAGCUUCCAAGUGGAUGGGCUUCUAUCUUAUGGUUCAACAUGCUGUCUACUGAUCCCAAGAACCUGUCCUUCUUUCUGAAUCCACCUUGUGCGAAGUGGUCUAAACUUUCUGAGGUUCUGAGUUGGCAGUUUUCUUCUGUAACAAAGAGAGGACUCAAUGCAGAUCAGCUGAGCAUGCUGGGAGAGAAGCUACUUGGGCCAACAAGUGGAGGAUCUCAAGAUGGCCUUAUUCCUUGGACAAGAUUCUGCAAGGAAAAUAUAAAUGAUAAAAAUUUCCCCUUUUGGCUGUGGAUUGAGGGAAUCCUGGAGCUUAUUAAGAAACACCUCCUGUGUCUCUGGAAUGAUGGCUGCAUCAUGGGUUUCAUCAGUAAAGAGAGAGAACGUGCUUUGUUGAAGGACCAGAGUCCAGGAACAUUUUUACUAAGAUUCAGUGAAAGCAGCAGAGAGGGAGCAAUCACAUUUACUUGGGUAGAAGGAUCUCAAAACGAGCCCCAGUUCCAUUCGGUAGAACCGUACACCAAGAAGGAGCUCUCUGCUGUUACUUUCCCUGAUAUCAUUCGCAACUACAAAGUGAUGGCAGCUGAAAACAUUCCUGAAAAUCCACUGAGAUUUCUGUACCCAAACAUACCCAAAGACAAUGCCUUUGGCAAAUACUACUCCAGGCCUACGGAGGCACCAGAGCCUAUGGAUUUGGAUGGCCCCAAGGGAAACGGCUACAUCAAGACUGAGUUAAUCUCUGUAUCUGAAGUCCACCCUUCCAGGCUCCAGUCUCCAGAAAACCUGCUCCCCAUGUCUCCUGAAGAGUUCGACGAGGUGUCUCGGAUGGUAGGCCCAGCAGAGAUUGAUACUGUGAUGUGUUCAGCAUAUUCAACUUAAAGGUUGAGCUUUUUACGGCAUCAUUAACACAGCUGAUUAGCUUAUGCAUCCCGCUUUGCAGU